AUGCGGGCUUAUUGGAAAAACUGCUAUGGAUACGAUUUACCACUGAAAGAACCAGAGAAUUACUACGAUGUGUGGUUUAACGGAAUACGAAGUUCGUUUCUAUAUCCGGAUUUCUGUGUACUGUCUUCUGAGCCACAACCUAUUGGGUUCCUCGAGGAACAAGCAACUACACUUGCCGCUAUGAGCGCUUUUAUGCAAUCUUUUUCUUCUGAAGAGCACUUCAUCUGUGGAGAAUACUGUGGACUUUUCCCUUCUGAUUCGAAAUUUCUCAAACCACCUGGUCGUGCACUCAAGACCACGCCGUACAGUCGAAGGGCAGCUCCGAAUAAGCACAUUUUUGUAAAUGAAGGACACGGCGUGGCGUCGUCUAAGCAAGAACAGAAGGAAAUCUGUACGGGAGCAGAGAUGGCACGCCAGUCGCGAACAAAGGAGUACUUGCUGUUUGAGACAACACUGGCAUUUGUCACGUUGUCGGAACUCAUCUUCCAGCGAGUUAUCAAGUCCCGUCCAAGAGUCGGAUCGCUCUCGGGGAACCUGAGCUUCCGUCGGCGUCUCCUAAGAAGACACCCGAGAAUAGUCGAACGGCUCCUCAACGACUGCUAA